AUGGACGAGGAGGGCGUCAACUGGCGCUUCGGCGCUCCACCGAACUACACCCUGGCGAACCUGUUGUUCCUGAAGGGGAAGACAAAGAACCACGCGGAUGGCUCCUUAGAGCUGAUCGUGGAGAACCUGGUGAAGACCUGGGAGAUGGAGCGCUCCCAUAAGCUCGAUCCCGGAGCCCACCGGUCCGUGGACCCGGAGAGGUUCACGAUCAGUGCCAACGGGGGGCCGAAGUUCAACAACGUGGAGGCCAACAAGGUCGGGAACUACAACGUGCUGCUGCAGGGAUGCUCUUCUGCGCUCUACGACACAAGCUGCACUUGGGAGGAGUCGCAUGAGACCUUCCACCAUGCCUUCGCCGCCUUCCCCUGGGAGGUGCUGGAGUGCUUCUCUCCGCCGCCCCGGGUGUCCUUCUCGUGGCGGCACUGGGGCCAUUUCACCGGCAGCUACGAGGGCCACCAGGGCUCCGGCGAGCUCGUGGAGAUGUAUGGCUUUGCCGUAGCAGAGGUGGACGACCAGCUUCGACUGGUGGACGUGGAGGUCUACUACAAG